UUUAUUUAUUGCAAUGAGAAAACCAACAAAACCCAAAGAAAAAAGAAACGAAAAAUCAAGAACUCCAACAAGGAAGAAGUAGAGCAAAAUGAAGAGUGCGAUUUGCGGGAGAAUUCUCUCUCCCAACCAUGUCUUCAAACCAGGGGAGGCACCUUCGUUUUGUAAAGGACCAUACUCCAAUAUUUGUGUACCCGUGGCCGUAUUGGUAACAGGAGCUGGUAAAGGAGCAGGGUUGCUUGAAAAGCCAGUUAUUGAGAAAGUCACCCCUGGCCGUGAGUCUGAAUUUGAUUUGAAGAAAUCACGGAAAACAGCACCACCAUAUCGUGUAAUAUUGCACAAUGACAACUUUAAUAAACGGGAAUAUGUUGUUCAAGUACUGAUGAAGGUCAUCCCUGGAAUGACCCUUGAUAAUGCAGUUAACAUCAUGCAAGAAGCGCACUACAAUGGAUUGUCAGUAGUGAUUAUCUGUGCACAAUCUGAUGCUGAAGAUCAUUGCAUGCAGCUGAGAGGCAAUGGGUUGCUCAGUUCCAUUGAACCUGCAGAUGGUGGCUGCUGAUGAACAGUUUCACUUUAAAUUUCCCUGAGUUUGAUGCUAUUGAAAGGUUAGAUGGAACUAUUAGCAGAUGUACAUAAGUUCCCAUGUUGAAGGCUUAGAGAAACCAGAAAAAAAAAAAAAAAAAAGACAUCUUUUGUAAAACAUGGCCUCAUGAUUAAAUGACCGAACCUAUGAUUAAGACAUGUGAUAGUUGUGAUUUUGAAUAAAGAUUUGCACAACAUAUGAAAACUAA